AUGGAAGCGAUGAUUAAUGAACUUGUGGAGUUGAUUAAAGCUGGUAGUUCAGAGAAAGCAAAGCGUAGUGUUGAACAAUUAGCCGCACAUAAAAUCAAUGUUCAGUUUCGCCUUUCGAACAAACAAGUUUCGUCAAAGGCUGAUGAUGUUAAUGAAAAGUCAAAAGAUUCUGAUCUUGAAUUGAUACUUCAAGUUGAAUUUCGAGCGCCUAAAGAGCCUAUUCAGAUACCGAUUACAGUUCAUUGUGGCACGACGUUGCGAUCAAUCAAACGUCAAGUUGAGCACGAGGUAGGAAUCGAAUGCGCUGAUCAACAUUGGUUUACUUGCCAUCGAUAUCCGCUGUCGGAUAAAUAUAUCUUUGGAUCUUCCAUGCCUGUUAGUUCAAAUCAAACUUGUCUACAUCCGAUUCGGUCCGGUGAUACAUUAUAUAUGUAUGUCGCUUAG